AUGGCUUCACUGAAGGUGGAUGAGGAUCUCAAGGGCUGGCUUGUGGGCUGCGACAAGGACAUUGGCGGUUUCUCCGAAGCCAACCUCGAAAUCACCAAGAACGGCACCGGUCGUUUCUUUGGACAGUUGUCGUUGGACCUUCCCGAGAACGAAAGCGUCGAAAAGAGUGGAUAUGCAGGAUGCAGAACAAAGACAAAAGAAUCGUCGAUAUUCGGGACGCCUGUUUGGGAUACAUGUCUGUUCGAAUACCUCCAGUUGAAGGUUAAGGGCGACAACCGGAAAUACUUUGUCAAUCUCCAGACCGAUGGCGUCGUCCCUACCGAUCUCUACCAACACCGACUCUUCCUCAAAACUCCUGGCGAAUGGGAGACUGUACUGAUCCCGUUCAAGGAUUUUAUUUUGACGAACCAGGGUUUCGUUCAGGAGGAGCAGAUCGAAAUCUAUAGGGAGAGGGUCAAGAAUGUGGGUGUGUCCAUCAUCGAUAGGACCUCGGGACCUUUUGAACUCGAGAUUGAGAGUAUAAGCGCCGUCAACACCGGCCCUGACCCCAACGCACACGAAGGUCACGACGACUGA